CUUGGCUGCGUGUGGGUGUCACUGGCAUGUGGACAGGCAGCCAUCUGCUGGUGCCCUGCCCACUGGGAUCUGUGACCCUAGCUUCCUGAGGCCCGAUGUGGUUCCCUGGGGCAGGGGACUUAGGCCAGGAGACCAGGAGCCUCUAACAAUGUAGCAGAAACAGUGGAAGACUGGAGCUGAGGAGGGGCUUUCCUAAGUGUACUGCCUUAGUUUCCCUGAGGGGAUGCUGUUCUAGGAGGGAGAUUCUGGAUGACCUAGUUUCUGAGGGGUGGAGACAAGAGCAGGCCUGGACUCAGGGCCUGGCUGGCCAUCUCCCUCAUUCCUCAUGAAGAUCUUGGGGUGUUGGCAGGGGCUUGAGUCCUGAUUCUGACAGACUUGGGGGUUGGAGCCUCAGCGUGGAUCCCCUGUUGCCUUGUCUUCUGGGUUCUCUGUGGAAAUGGGAGCCAGGAGUUCUGGCACCAACUUUGAGGGGGCGGGACCCAGCACAGCUGGCCCCUCCCUGGACCAGGGCCUCAAAUACCUGAGUGUGCCCAGGCAUCAGACAGACCUUUUGCCAGACCAAGCCCUUGGAGUCUGGUACCACGGAUACACUCCCAGCCUGGACCCCAAACCCUUACUUGGGCCCAAAUCCUGAGCCUCUGGCACUGCCCUGUCCACAUCUCAGGUGAGUCGGGCUGGAUGGUAAUGGGGUGCGUCUGUUUGGGCUUCAGUUUUCCCACGGAGAGGAGAAUGGCCAUGAGCCCAGCACACCACCCUGGGGAGAGCGCAGGGGGAGCCCGCCCUUGGUGCUGGCCAGCAUCGGGUGGCAUACCCUGUCAGGCCCCCACACCUGGGGAGGUGAGGGGUGGUUGGGUGUGUCCGACUCCGGGUGGGCGCUCAGGGCUGUGUCUGUCCUCCCAGCCACUGCCUCGGAGCAAUGGGACGGCCCCGGGCCCUACUGGCUGCGCUCUGGGCCCUGGGGGCUGCCGGGGCAGCAGCGCUGCGCAUUGGAGCCUUCAAUAUCCAGAGUUUUGGUGACAGCAAAGUGUUGGACUCAGACUGUGCCAGCGUCAUCGCACAAAUCCUGGCUGGCUAUGACAUCACGCUCGUGCAGGAGGUGCGAGACCCGGACCUGAGCGCAGUGUCCGUGCUCAUGGAGCAGAUCAACAGCGUGUCUAGGCACCAGUACAGCUACGUGAGCAGUGAGCCCCUGGGGCGGGAUCAGUACAAGGAAAUGUACCUGUUCGUUUACAGGAAGGACGCGGUGUCGGUGGUAGACACGUACCAGUACCCGGACCCGGAGGACACCUUUAGUCGUGAACCUUUCGUGGUCAAAUUUUCAGCCCCCAGCUCCGGUGAGGCCCCGCCCCUACUGCAGGCCCCGCCCCUUCCGCGGGCCCCACCCACCCCUGACCUACCCCCUCCAACAGCUGCCAAGGAGCUUGUGCUGGUCCCGCUGCAUGCUGCGCCCCACCACGCAGUGGCGGAGAUCGAUGCUCUCUACGAUGUGUACCUGGACAUUAUCGACAAGUGGGGCACCGACGACAUGCUGUUCCUGGGCGACUUCAACGCGGACUGCAGCUACGUGAAGGAGCAGGACUGGGCGGCUAUCCGCCUGCGCAGCAGCGAAGUGUUCAAGUGGCUCAUCCCGGACAGCGCUGACACUACAGUGGGCAACUCGGACUGCGCCUACGACCGCAUUGUUGUCUGUGGUGCUCACCUGCGCAGGAGCCUGAAGCCCCAGUCGGCCACAGUGCACAACUUCCAGGAGGUGUUUGGCCUGGACCAGACUCAGGCCCUCGCCAUCAGUGACCAUUUUCCUGUGGAGGUGACCCUUAAGUCCCACUGACAGCUCCGAGGACUGGCCAGGGCAUGCUGCCUGCAGACUGGCUAUGAGGAACAGCUCCACAGGACUCAAGGUGGCUGGCUUGCCCUCAGCAAGGCUGCAGGGCAGGGUGAACUGGGCCUGGACAGGUGGCCAUUGACAUGUUACUGGAACAGGAGCCGAUCCUCCCAUCUGUAAAUGGCCUACCACUACCUACCUCACAGGGGUGUGAGGAGCAACCCAGAGCACUGGGUGUGGCUCUGCUCAAUAAACAAGAGUGCUCAGCUAGGACCACAAACAGGCCAGCUUA